GGUGACUGUCGUCGUUCUGAUUUGAAGAGAAACAAGUCAUUUUUGUAUUUUAGCACUAAACUUUUCACUUUAAACUGACAAAAAGAAUAGAACAACAUGGGAAAUGCUGAUACAAAAUUAAAUUUUCGAAAAGCAGUUGUACAAUUAACAUCGAAGACGCAGGUGAUUGAUGCUUCAGAUGACAAUUUCUGGGACCAAUUUUGGUCUGAAAACGUGACUAAUGUACAAGAUAUUUUUACUUUAAUCCCUGCACCUGAAAUUCGUAUAUUAAGAGAAGAAGCUCCUUCUAAUUUGGCUACAUUGUGUUAUAAAGCAGUGGAAAAAUUAGUGAAAGCAGUUGAUAAUAGUUGUAGAACACAAAGAGAACAACAAACUGUUUUAAAUUGUUGUCGAUUAUUAACAAGAUUAUUACCAUAUAUUUUUGAGGAUCCUGAUUGGAAGGGAUUCUUUUGGUCUAGUUUACCUGGUAAAGAAGAUGAAGAAAGUAUACCAUUGGCUCAUUCGUUACUCAAUGCACUUUGUGAUAAAGCAGAAGAGUUGCAAUCUAUAGACAGUUGUGAAUAUAUCUGGGAAGCUGGUGUAGGAUUUGCACAUUCACCUCCUAGAUAUCCAAUUUUAGAUUCAAAUAGAACAGAAUUACUAAAGUUGUUACUCACUUGCUUCAGUGAAACCAUGUAUAAUCCUCCUUUAGACUUGUCAGUUACUCCAAACAGAUGGAUUCAGCAUUUAACUAGUUCUGAAAAUAGACACGCUUUACCUAUGUUUACAUCAUUAUUGAAUACAGUAUGUGCAUAUGAUCCUGUUGGACUUGGAGUGCCAUACAAUCAUUUACUAUUUACUGAUUCAUUAGAACCAUUAGUUGAUGUUGCAUUACAAAUUCUCAUAGUAACACUAGAUCACGAUACGAGUGGUGGUACUCCAUUAGAAGAAGGAAGUAUUGGAGAUAAUUUAUUUAUUAAUUAUUUAAGUCGAAUUCAUAGAGAUGAAGAUUUUCAAUUUGUAUUGAAAGGUAUCACGAGAUUAUUAAAUAACCCGUUAAUGCAAACAUACUUACCAAAUUCAACUAAAAAAGUACAUUUCCAUCAAGAAUUAUUGGUAUUUUUUUGGAAAAUGUGUGACUAUAAUAAAAAAUUUUUAUAUUAUGUAUUAAAAAGUUCGGAUGUUCUCGAAGUAUUAGUACCUAUACUGUAUCAUUUGAAUGAUUCACCUCGUGUCGGACUAAUGCAUAUUGGUGUGUUUAUUUUACUAUUAUUGAGUGGAGAACGUAACUUCGGUGUUAGAUUAAAUAAACCAUAUACGGCUACUGUACCGAUGGAUAUUCCUGUUUUUACAGGUACACAUGCAGAUUUAUUGGUCACUGUUUUUCACAAGAUAAUCACAACCGGACACCAAAGAUUACAGCCAUUAUUUGAUUGUUUAUUAACAAUUCUAGUCAAUGUAUCUCCAUAUCUUAAAACUUUAUCAAUGGUGGCUAGUACUAAACUAUUACAUUUACUCGAAGCAUUUAGCACUCCAUGGUUCUUAUUUUCAGCGCCUACCAAUCACCAUUUAGUAUUUUUUCUUUUAGAAAUUUUUAACAAUAUUAUUCAGUAUCAAUUUGAUGGAAACAGUAAUUUGGUUUAUACUAUAAUACGUAAAAGGCAAGUGUUCCACGCGCUAGCAAAUUUACCAAGCGAUUGUAACACAAUUGCGAAGUCUCUCAGUAAAAGACAACGUCGACAUGUACCUGCUAGUACAUCUAAUGAAAAUGUUAAUGAAGCAGCAAUGGAAGGUUCGCAUCCAGCCCAACCUGCUGAACCUGGAACUUUAAAGGCAACUUUAUUAGAAACGCCAGGUAUUGAAAAAAUGACUGAAAAAGAGUCUGCGCAUCCAUUAAGUCCUUCAAUAAAUAUUGACAUAGAAAAAUCUAAUCACCAAAAUAAUGUGAAUGCUACAGAGGAUUUAAUGAAUUCAACUUCUAAGAGCUCUGUUAUUCCAGUAAGAUUAGAGAAUGAUAAAGGAGGUAUUAGAGUGGCAGAACACAUGAAUUCUUCUAACAAUAUAAAUCAGUGGGUUCCUUCUAGUGAAUGGGUAUAUCAAUGGAAAAGUAAACUUCCGCUGCAAACUAUUAUGCGAUUGCUUCAAGUUCUUGUACCUCAAGUUGAAAAAAUAUGCAUUGAUAAGGGUCUUACUGAUGAAAGCGAAAUUUUAAAAUUUUUGCAACAUGGUACAUUAGUUGGCUUAUUACCAGUACCACACCCUAUCCUUAUUAGAAGAUAUCAAGCAAAUGCAGGAACAACAGCUUGGUUUAGAACAUAUAUGUGGGGCGUUAUAUAUUUAAGAAAUGUCGAACCACCAAUUUGGUAUGAUACUGAUGUAAAGUUAUUUGAAAUCCAAAGAGUUUAAAUGCAAUGUGUAUUAUUAAGUGAAUUAUUAUUAGCUUUAGCAGUGAAAUUUCUAUACUAUUCUUACAUGAGAUAUCAUUUCUUAAUAUAAAAAAAAGAAAUCUCAGUGAUCUAUACUUAUCGUAAGUUGCACCAAACGAUAAAGAACUUUACUACUUUAUUAAGUAAUGAAUGGCAUUUUUACAAGUAUAGUCUUUCUUACAAUUCUAUUACACAGAGCUACAGAACUGAUUUUACAAAUAUUUAUUAUGAGAAACUAUGAUAGUAUACUAUAAUUCUCAACUUUCACUAAAAAAUGUGUAAAUACUUGCGACUGUGUAAGUGCCUUCACAGAUGUAAAUGAUAAAUCACUAAAUCAAUUGAUAUCUAUUUAAUUAAUUCCUUAGUAGUUCCUUAUUUUUCUUAAACUAUUUUUCUUUCACCAAUUUGAGUUUUUUUAAAUAAGUAAAUACUAUUCUAUUAUUUAUUUCUCAUUGUAAAACAUAAUAUAAUAUAUUUACUAAGAGUAAAUGAAUUUUAACUCAUGUAAAAUUCUGGUUUUGUAUGUCUGUGUAGUACUAAAUUUUUGAAAGACAACUUGAUAAUUCACGCUUUGUAAUGCAUAAUAUAUCAUUUGAAAUUACGAAUACUCUGAAUACAUUUUUGUUUUGUGAUGGUACAAACUCAAGUAUGUCAUAUUUUAUUCACGUAAAAAAGAACAAAUGAAUUUUUUUAUGCAUUGUAAAUGCAUUAGUAAUUUUAAUUUUUUGGAUUUAUAAAAUUUUCUAGUUUCUUUCUAUUUAUAUUUCACUCGUAUCUUAAACAAAUUAUCUACAAUUUCAAAUUACUAAAAUUCUUU